AUGGUACCGUCUGGUUAUUCUUUUUUAUUAAGUCAAACCAAUUUUAAGGGUCCCUGCUCCUCUAGCAAACCUCAUAUUCAGAUUCUGGGGACUCUAAGAGCACCUCAUAAAGAUGCAUGGGGAGGAUGCUCAAAAAUGUGGUUAAGUAUCUCAGGGGUCAAGGGUUUGACUGUUGAUGGGUCGGGCACAGUUGAUGGUCAAGGUCAAGCUUGGUGGGCUGACCCCCAAGUGCUUGACCGAUGCGGCGAACUACCUGCGGGGAUCCAGUUUUUUCACUGUGAUGGGCUUCAAAUGAGUGGGCUGGCUCAUAUUAAUGGGCCCGGGUCACAUGUGAAAGUGGAUCAAAGCAACGACGUAACGAUUUCGCAUCUGACCAUAACCUCGCCGAAAGACAGUCCCAAUACGGACGGAAUAGAUGUGGCAAAUGCAGAACGUGUAUCUAUCCAGAACUGUAUCAUCCGCACAGGCGACGACUGCAUCGCAAUCAAAGGCGGCUCGCAUUUCAUCAACAUUACGGAGAUUCAUUGCGGACCUGGUCAUGGAAUCAGUGUGGGGAGUUUAGGGCGGAACGGAGCGGAAGAGCACGUAGAAGACAUAAGGGUGUGGAAGUGCAACAUCGAAGGAGGUGAAAGCGCUGCGAGAAUCAAGACAUGGCCGGGAGGGAAGGGAUACGCGAGGAGAAUCUCCUUCGAACAUAUCACAGUAAGCGAAACCAGAGAGCCAAUACUGAUAGACCAGCACUACGAUCACAGAGGAGAGGAGAAGGAAGCGGUGAGAGUGAGCGAGGUAGGGUUCAGGGACAUAAGAGGGACGUGCGUGGACGAGAGAGCGAUCGUGCUGGACUGUGCGAUGGUGGGAUGUAGGGACAUACAAGUGGAGGGGAUAGAGAUAAGGUCGAUGGAUCCAGAAAAGCCAGCCUCUGCCAUCUGCAAUCACGCUUAUGGCUCGGCUCGUGACUCUUCACCUCCGGUCUCUUGCCUCUCUCGCUAUCUCCGGCCCCUUCUAUCACUUGUCUGAAUUACCAUUUCUUGCUUUCACUUUUUCCUCCCCAUGCUACCAAUUAAGUUGAGUCAUUAAGAUGGAAAACCUGAGGAUACUAAUUGACAGCUUCUUAACA